AUGGCAUUGCGGCUCGCCGUACAGGCGCUGUCCGCGAGGAGCCUGUUGUCGCGCGCAGAAACUACGUCCCCCAAUAAGCCACCGAGCAAGAGCAACAGCAAGCAGCAGUCGCAGAGGCCAGGGGCACCAGCCGCCGCAGCCGCCACCACCAGCAGGAGGCGGCUAGCAACGGCGGCGGGGGCGGCGGUCCUGGCGUCCCAGCUACUGCCGCCCGUGGCGAGCAGCGCCGCCGGCACGUUCGACCUGCGGCUCACGCUGCCGGAGAAGUCCAGCGAGGAGGCCGAGGCCGUGGUGCGGACCCACGCGCGGAACCUGCUGGGCGUGAAGCGCUUCAUCGACGCCGGGGCGUGGCGGGAGCUGCAGGCGGCGCUGCGCGCCAGCGCGUCCAACCUCAAGCAGGACCUGUACGCCAUCAUCCAGGCGAGGCCCACGGGGCAGCGCCCCGAACUCCGCAGGCUCUACUCCGACCUCUUCAACAGCGUCACCAGCCUGGAUUACGCCGCCAGAGACAAGGACGAGGUCCAGGUGCAGGAGCACUACGGCAACAUCGUCUCCGCCCUCGAUGAGAUUUUCGCAAAGAUCAUGUAG